CACUAGAGGGCAGUGUUAUGUAAACCCUGAUCAGGUUCGCGGCCUCCGACAAAACACGGAAAAGGACCCUGACACGGAAACGAACUUGACGUGCGCUGUGAUGGUGCAGUUACUGGGUUUUCUACCUUCGUAGCCUGUCCCUGGGACUAUUUGUCCAUUGUUGUGACUUUAGGAAAACUGGUAAAGCCGUGACAUAUCCAACAGAGCCAGGCGAGUGUGUGUUUUUUUCCUCUGCUAUAUCCGUCGGUUCGGGUUUUCCCGACAACGAAAGUAAACUGAAAAGGGCCCGCGAAGCCAUGGCUGACAGUACGGACGUGGACAUGUCGGAGGAGCCUCUACCCCUCCAGCAGGACCUGACCUGCCCCGUGUGUCACGGCGUCUUCACCAACCCCGUUCUGCUGCCCUGUUCGCACAGCCUCUGUCGCGAGUGUCUGCAGAGAAGUUUACAGUUCAGCAACAGGUGUCCGGUGUGCCGGGCGGUUUUCGAGGAGGGGCAGGCCAUACCCAACCUUGCGCUCAGCAGCGCCAGCGAGACCUUCCUCAAACAGACGAGCUGGCUGUCGAGCCAGAAACGUCCGAGUGAGGACACCUGCAAGAUGCACCUGAAGCCGCUGGAGCUGUACUGUGAGAAAGAUGAGGUGCCUGUGUGUGUGGACUGUGUCACUCUGCACAGCACCCACAGGCUGUGGCCAGUGAGGGAGGGAGCACCGAUAUGUAAGAAGGAGCUCGGCUUCAAAGUCCAAAUUUUUGAAAAGAAAGUGGAAUCAUACAAGAAAAUGACACAUAAACUCAACAACACAGUGGAAUACAUCAAGUAUCAAGCUGGGCGGGCGGAGAAACAGAUCAAGGCAGAGUUUGAGAGGCUCCACAGUGAGCUUCACAGAGAAGAAAGUCUGCGUCUGACAGCCCUGGCCACUGAGGAGGAUCAGAAGAUUGCUGUCGUGCAGGAGCUGAUUGCCGAAACAAAAAAGGACAUCGUCACUCUGAACGAGCUCAUCGAAACUCUGAAGAAGGAGAUGGGCAACGACGAUCUACCCCUCUUGCGGAAUUUUCAGAAUUUAAAAAGAAAAACCCAGUGGACUCACGAAGAUCCUUGUCUCCCUGAUGACUCUCUUCUGAACAUGGGCAAGCAUAUUGGUUCUUUGAGCUUCAACAUCUGGAAGAAGAUGCAGGCCCAAGUCAAAUAUUAUCCAGUGGUGCUGAACCCAAACACAGCCUCUCCAUGGCUGUACUUGAGUGAUGACCUGACCAGUGUGAAGGAAAGCCCAGAGCGGCUGACCGCCCCUGAAAACCCAGAGCGCUUUGAUCCCUGUGUCUUUGUCCUGGGUGCUGAAGGUUACACAUCUGGGAAACACAAAUGGGAUGUCAUUGUUGGUGACAGCCCUAAGUGGAUUGUGGGCGUUUGCAAAGAUUCAGUGGCCCGCAAAAGGAAGUUCACGGUCUCUACGAACCGUGGUGUGUGGUCCAUAGGACUCAGCAAAGGGGUAUACAACGUCCUAACACCUGAGCGUACAGAGCUGCAGGUGCAGCAGCGUCCUGAAAGGAUUCGCAUCAAGCUAAACAUAGAUAAGGGAGAGGUGUCAUUUUGGGAUGGGGGAACAGCAAAGCACCUGAUCACUUUCACAUGCAAGUUUGAUGAGAAGAUAUUUCCUAUUUUUGGCCCUGGGCUCCAUAGUAUACCUAUGAUUCUGGUUGAAAGAAAAUUGGCUGUGCACACAUCAUGAUGGGUCAGGAUACUGCAGAGGGUUGGAUUGUUGACCGGAACCUGGAGAAUAGAAAAUAAAAAUAAUGAUCUUUUUGAAUAAAAAGCUUCUUAAAAGCUUUAUAAACUCAGCAACACUUUAGCGAUCAAAUAGGGAUGAAUUACAACUCUAACUAGAAAAUGCAACAAAUGCAAAAAAGCAAAAACAUAGCUCCGCCAAAGCCAGUGUCAAACAACAUACACCAGACUCCAGAGAAAAAAAAUAAAAUUCAUAGU